AAUACAUCCAAUGAUCAUCUUUCCAAAAGUAUACACCCUGUUCAUUUAGUGCAUGGCGACGUAGAAGAGUCUCCACUCCGUGCUUAAGUGUUUCCACCUCAUUCGCCUGCUUUUAACACUACGACCCGUCAACCAACACUCCUCCACACAAGGCACCCUCAGCACUAUUUGACUUACUCUUUCGACCACCGCAAAGGUCCUUUGACACCCUUCAUCUCCCAAACCCACCUUUCUCUAUCUCAUGUCUUUUUAUCCCAUGCUCUUCUUGCCACCUUCCACAAUCCUCUGAAUCUCUGAGCUUUUCACCCAUCUCGAGGUCCUUCUCUUAUCCGGACCAUCCGGGUGAACCACCAUGACUUCACCUCAACUCCUCCAAUCGCCUAUGAUCUACUCUCCUACUUCUUUACUUCAAUGGGACGAAGCGACCGUGCAUCAGUUCUUCAGACGGAUAGGAUUGCCUAAUUAUGAAGGGGCCAUCUAUGAUCAAGGUAUCACUGGUGACGUAUUGGCCGUCAUGGACCACGCGUCUCUCCUAGAUUUAGGAAUGGAAAGUAUAGGACAUCGAUUGAAGAUUCUGAGAGCUAUUUGGGAAUUAAAAAAUGAACAAGGGUUGGAACUGGGAGAUGAAGAUUGGCGUCCAGAUGAAGGUCAAAUGGUUGGCCCAAGAGCAGCUGUGGAUGCUGUGGAUAAACUCAAAGCUGUACAUACGGCAGAUUUAGGAGCUCUGUAUGAUUAUAUCGAUAAACAACAAAACGGACUUCAGGUCAACGCUUCUUCCUCUUCCGACGGUGACGAUCUUAGAGCUAGUAGCCUGGAGUUUAACACAGAUCAUGGAAUGCCAAGAUGGGACGACUAUAGCAAUGGUCAUAGUAGAGGUAGUGAUGGGGAUGAAGGAGAACCUGGACCUACCACGAAAGCCAACCGAAGAACUUCAGCGAUAUUUCCCUCUUCUUUGGCAUCAUCAACAAAUUCCAACUCAAUCCCUCCACUCACUUCCGAUUCAGCAACUUUCCAAGACUCUUUCACACCUACCACCGCCAACGCCACUAUCACUUUCGAUUCCCCUGCUUCCAAUAUUCCUGAGAAACCUCAUCAUCCACGUCCCGCCGCCAUUCAAGCCCCACCUUUCAGUCGACUCAAUUCUAGUGGAAGUAUCACCUCUCCUCCUCCAGGUGCUUUACCAGUCGCUGCUGCAACACCUGGCUCAAGCUCGGGUCAAUCAAAGGGAUCAUCCUUAGCACCUGCGUCAGCCUUCAGCGGUCCUAGUCUCACACCAGCUAGUUCCAGAUCCAAUGCCACAUCUGCAUCGGUUGACGCCAAGACACAGGCAAAGAAUGCGGCUCACUCUGCGGCGAAAUCUUUCAGAGUCACAUUGGAAGAUCCAUGCUUCAAGGUCUUACCGGCUGCUUUGAAAAAGUAUAAGAUCAACGACGAUUGGAAGAAGUAUGCUUUGUUUAUCUGUUUUGGCACAACAGGCAAGUCGUUCUUCGCCCUUCUAACGAUGUUUGAGCUACGACGAAAGCCUUUGCUGUUAUUCCAAAAACUCAAAGAGGGUGGUCAAAAACCAGUCUUCAUGCUACGACACAUCCGCGAUGUUCGAUCUCCUAUUGCUGUAGCUCAACAAAAACAACUCGCAAAACUAGGUCUACCCCCUACUCACCCUAACAGCGUUCUUCCACGUAACAAACCCGUAGGAGAGUCCUCCUCGUCUCCUACCAAACCUUCAAACCUACAACCUCUCGCUCAAGGCCAGUUGAGACGAGCAGGAGACGAUACCACACCUAAUGGCGCUGCUUUCCCGGAACUACCGAGUCCAGGACUGAGAGAAGGAGAGUCCAUGGCUCAUAGCUUGCCGAAGAGUGCCACGACCACAGGGACACUAGUGGAUAAAGAUGGGAAUGUGCAGAGUGUGACUUAUGCAGUGGCAAUCUAUCCGUAUAUUGCCGAUCGACAGGAUGAGUUUGACGUGGCAGUUGGGGCGACAUUUGUCAUCUUAUCAAAAACGAAAGGGUGGUACAUCGUUCAAAAAGAUCCGGAGGGUACAGGGAAUAUCAUACCUGAGCAUUCCCGUUCGGGAUGGGUUCCAGCAGGGUGUCUAUUGGAACUCUCCCAACCUAUCUGCGCGGUAUGUCCCUCAGGUGAAAUAAAUUCCGCCUAUCCAGGUCUAUCACGUUUACCUCCGUCUGCGAUAGUGUCAUCUUCGUAUCCUGGCGUGGUACUCAUGGAUUAUGGACCUCAAGGGGAAGAUGAGGUGGCCCUUCGAGAAGGGGAGAAAGUGAGAGUGUAUAAGAAAUACUGUCAUUGGUCAUAUACGAUCAAACAAGACUCUGGUGAACGGGGAUGGGUACCAGCAUGGUUCAUCGGUAAACUCAGCGGUUCAGAUUCCGCCCCUACAUCAGCGGCCACACCGAGUACCGCGUUGCUUUCUGGUGGGUCGGCGGGAUCAAACUACACCAAUGAAGAGGACGGGGACGAAGGGAGGGACUAAGCCGGCGACGAAUGAGCGGGAUAGAGCAGAGGAUCUUUGAUUAAAUCUGUUGUUCAUAGGUUUGAAAGCACUCAUGCAUACCUUGGUGUAUGUUCCAUGUUG